ACAAAGCGAUCUUCCUCUAUAUCCACACAGCCUAGAGUGUCAUCUGUCUCCUGUGUGCAUUUCUCAUUCCCACAGGAUAUGAAGCAUUCUCUACUGAAGCAGUGACACCAAGCUAAUGGACUUCUGUGUGCAGUAGAGGACACGACUGGCAUCUGAAAAACAAAAGGCUUCUGUGAGCAUCUGUCUGGGAUGGAUGGCCAGGUGGAGGAACUGAAUGGGACAGAACUGGAGGGACAGAGCUUUCUGCGCUUCAACCCAACUACUCUUUCCACUGGGGCUGCUACAGCUUCGUCCAGCCGCACUGAAAGUGUCUACGUCUAUCUUUCUAUCUUCCUCAGCUUGCUGCUCUUCCUCCUCACCCUCCUGGUCAUCACCCUGCACAGGCUGAAAAACAUCAUCUCGUCCAGUUCGUCCUAUCCGGAGUGCAGCAGUGAGGCAGGAAGUUCAUUCACCAACAUGGAGAUCUGCAGCCUGUCUUCACAGAGAUCAACAGUGUCAUCAUUAUCCUGCUAGUGACACACAUGAGGCUAACAAACAAGGCCAUUUAAGGUUAUAAUAAAUGCAAAUGUUUUAUAACAGGGCGGCACGGUGGUGUAGUGGUUAGCGCUGUUGCCUCACAGCAAGAAGGCCCGGGUUCGAGUCCCGUGGCUGGCGAGGGCCUUUCUGUGCGGAGUUUGCAUGUUCUCCCCGUGUCCACGUGGGUUUCCUCCGGGUGCUCCGGUUUCCCCCACAGUCCAAAGACAUGCAGGUUAGGUUAACUGGUGACUCUAAAUUGACUGUAGGUGUGAGUGUGAAUGGUUGUCUGUGUCUAUGUGUCAGCCCUGUGAUGACCUGGCGACUUGUCCAGGGUGUACCCCGCCUCUCGCCCGUAGUCAGCUGGGAUAGGCUCCAGCUUGCCUGCGACCCUGUAGAACAGGAUAAAGCGGCUAGAGAUAAUGAGAUGAGAUGUUUUAUAACAUUAAAUCAUUAUUUUUAUGACAUUGCUAUCCUGGUAGGCUUAUGUGAUAGACUAUAGAAACAACCAGCAAACAUAUUCAUAACAGUAACAAAAAAUAUAUAAACAAACAGUGGGGGUACAAACAAGGUUAAGGGACAAUAUUCCUAGGGAAGAUAAAAUGCCUUAUCCUUAACUAUGUGUAACAUCCAUCCAGUUGAUAACAUUUGGAAGCCCCCCCCCCCCCAAAUUAUGUCUAUUCAUAAUUAUUUCCACUACCAGUCAAAUGUUUGGAUACUCUUGCUCACUUGCUUAUAGAAGGGUUUUCUUUGGCUUUUACUAUGUUCUACCGUUUCGGAAUAACAAUCAAGAUUAUGGAAUAAACCCUAGAAAUAAUAGAAUUAUGCACUGACUAAGAAAAGUGUUAAACAAAUCAAAACUAUUUCAUAUUUUAAAUUAUUAACAGUAUUCACUCUUGGCAUCUUUUCAGUCAACUUCAUGAGGAGCUUCACCAAGGAGGCUUUUUGUGAAGUUUCAAGAAAGGCCAAAAUCCUCACUGCUUCUCAAAAUAAAAACUACUCU